CGUCUGCUAGGUCUUUUUCUUGGGACGUGUGCGCGUUGAUCUGUGACCAUGCCGCCCAAGUUCGAUCCGAACGAGAUCAAGAUCGUGUGCCUCCGAGCCGUGGGAGGCGAAGUCGGUGCAACAUCAGCGCUCGCUCCCAAAAUCGGUCCUCUGGGUCUCUCGCCGAAGAAAGUCGGAGAAGACAUCGCCAAAGGCACCGGAGACUGGAAAGGUUUGAAGAUCACUGUGAAACUCAUCAUCCAGAACCGUCAGGCGAAAAUCGAAGUCGUUCCCUCCGCUGCCUCGCUGGUCAUCAAGGCUCUCAAGGAGCCUCCCAGAGACAGGAAGAAGGUGAAAAAUGUCAAACACUCUGGUAAUCUGACGAUGGACACCAUCGUGGACAUCGCUCGGCAGAUGCGACCUCGUUCGAUGGCUCGUGAGCUCAAGGGGACCGUCAAGGAAGUUCUAGGCACCGCGCAAUCUGUUGGAUGCACCGUAGAGGGUUGCAACCCCCACGACAUCAUCGACAAAGUGAACGAUGGUGAAAUUGUCGUCCCGGAAUCCUAAGAAAAUAAAGCCUCCCGACGGUGUCACCAGUGGCU